AAUUCUUGUGAACCCGGACCUAGUGUGUAUGGUGCUGAUCUGCUCUGCUCUGCAUAGGUGAUUUCUCCUGGUUUGUGAAAGAGUGAAAUUGACAUGUCUGCAGCCUCAGUCACUGACUUGAAGACGAUUUCUGCCACUGCUAUUGACUGUGAGAUUAUGGUAUUGCCUAUGGAAUUGCUGCUGAGUUUGCAGCGAUCGCACUUCAUUCUCAAGGGGAAAAAUAUUCAAAUCAGCCAAGAAACAGGUGCCGGAUACAACGUGAUUUCCAAUGGACAAAUCAGUUUGGAAGGGCAGCGAUUUAACCUGGCCAACUGCAUCCAGAGGAAAAUUACUUUGAACUCUCUCAAGGAGCACAGGAGCUUCCAAGAAACUAUAUUAAGUAAACCGAUGGUCUUUUUUACCAAUGUUAUGGUCGCUGGCGAUUCUACAAUAGUUUUUGCUGUCAUUGUGAACAUUCGUCACCCCAGAAUGCAGUUUGAGAUAGGUGAUAGCAUGAAUGAUGCCAUAUCGACAGCAGUUGGAGCAAGUUACAUCCUCCAGUUUAACUUGAAAACAGCCCUCCAGUCAUACUUCAGUCUGAAUGGGGGAUAUAAAACAGAUGGCCUGGGUUUGGAUUUCACCUGCGAGUUCAAACGUGAUUCCUCAUCUGAUGACUUCUAUUGGCUUGGACGAAGUACAAAGAUUAAAGAACUGAACGGAAAGAUUGUGAACUUGUCUUGUACAACGGAAGACGAGAAAUGCCAAGUCAAGCAGGCUCACCCAAGGAUCAAGAGAGUAGUUCAUCUCAUUCACAACCACAUGUGAAGAGGAAAUCUCCAAAGAAAACAUCUUCACCACCUUCACCACAGCUACCACUAGUUAAUGAAAGGUCAUACCUGCUGCAGUUUACACAGCGCUUGCCUAAAUAUAUAGAAUGAUUGCCAUCAAGAAGAUGGAACCAAGAUUCAGCUAAUAAUUCUUCUAAGUGGUAUCUCGAGUCAGACUUUGACAGGAAGAGUCACAUAAUAAAGUAUUUUAAGAUACUUGAAGCAGA